UUUGCCAUGUUAGAAGACACUCUUUUGGACGAAGACAUCUGGGAAUACAAAUCCAAAAGAAAACCAAAAACAGUACAUCCAAACAAUGGCUCUGAAAAGAUUCCAAAAUCUGUUGAAAAGGCAACAGAGGGGAAUUACCAGUCAAAACAAAGCAGAAAUAAAAAAGAACCGAAAAGGACCAUGAACGCUAAAGAGAAGGCAAAGGACAAUGAGAUAUGCCUUGGAGAAACACAUAGUCAGACUUCUGUAGCUUCUGAUCAGGAUUCAAGUUGUGGAGAUAGUAGUCAGCAGUCCCAAGAUAAGACCACUCCAGCAAAGCGCCAUAGAACUCACAAAAACAAACAAAUAUCCCCAAAGAUACGUCCAGUUUAUGAUGGAUACUGUCCAAAUUGCCAGAUGCCUUUUUCCUCCUUGCUUGGUCAAACACCUCGAUGGCAUGUUUUUGAAUGUUUGGAUUCUCCACAGCUCUCAGAAACAGAGUGUCCUGAAGGUCUUCUAUGUACCUCAACAAUUCCUUCUCAUUACCAGAGAUACACUCACCUUCUCCUUGCUCAAAGUAGGGCAGGUACUGAUUCUUUUAGUAGCCCAUCCCAUUCAACAGGUGGUCAUUUGAAUUGUUCUAGUGAGAUUAAUUCAGACUUUCUAUGUAGCCUUGAAAAAAGAUGGUCUCUGAAUCAGAAACAAAUUGAGAAUUUAAAAAAUACUUCAAAUGAUCCCUUUUUGAUGACACAGUGUCUGAAAAAAUCUCAGUCUCCACCUGAAACUAACAAAAAGAUUUCCUUUUCUGCAAAUAUUCAAAAGUCCCAGCAAGCUCUAAAAUUGACUGAGUUUGUUAAUAAUGACCAACUGGUAGCAGUUGGCUUGCCUCUUGCUGAUGAAGAAUUAAACUGCUCAGAACACGUCCAUUUGCCACUGCCAGAAAAUGACUUCAGCACCUGUGAAAUCUCCUAUUCUCCACUUCAAAGUGAUGAAGAAACGGCUGAUAGAGAUGAAAAGCUGGAUGAUUCACAACAGGAGCUAUUUUUCACUGAAAGCUCGAAAGAUGGAAGCCUAGAAGAAGAUGACAACAGCUCUACUUUGUGUAAAAAUCUCCGUGGUCCCUUUGGGAAGGGCCAGAAAAAUAGCUGCCCCGAGGUGAAUAGCUGCUUAACUCAGGAUAAGUACAAUGAAGAAUUGUAUACAUACCAUACUCUACCUGAUUUAUCUCAACCUAUUUCCCAAAACAAUGAGAAUAUUACUUUGUGUGAUGAUCCAGCAUGUAGUGGUGAACGUUUUAUGUUGUUUCCACCUGCAUCACCAGGGGGACUUGUUGCUUCUAAUUACCUAGUCACAAAAGCAAAACCUGAUGAGCCGGCAUUUCGCUCAUCUCAAGCCAAUAAAUGGAAGCAGGCAACUGAAGAAUCAACUGCUUAUAGUCAAGUUUCUUUUUCAUUACUUGGAAAUGAAAUAUCAAACCCUUUGGAAAUCCAGAGAGAAGAGCAUCUUUCUUUCCAUCUAAACCCAAGUAAAAUGAUAGAGUUAUCAAAUGAGAACUUUAAUGCCAAGAGUAAUACUAAUUCAGUACGUUUCUGCAGGGAGGCAUUGCAUGGUGUGCUAGACAGUAACAUUUCCGUUUUAAAUACAGGAAAUUUUCCUAGUACACCUGCUGCUUCUAAGUCUGUGAAAAUAGUACCAUCUGGUCCUAAGGGUAGUGCAAGACAGUCUUCUAACAAGGUAAUGAAACAAAUGGAUAUAGGUGUGUAUUUUGGACUACCACCCCAAAGGAAAGAAGAGAAAUUGCCAGGGGAAAGUGCAUUAAAAGGGAUGAACUUGCAUCCAGUUGUUAGUCCUAAUGGAAAGAGGUCCCAGCGGUGCAAGAGGAAAGCAGAAAGCUCUUUAAGUGAUUUAGAAUUUGAUGCAAAGAAUAUAAAUGAGAGUCAGCUCCUUGAGGAACUUUCUAGUGAAAGGUCACAGCGUCAGAGAAAGAGACGUAAAAAGUUAAAGUCACUCCAGGAAGGAGCAUCUUGGAAGUCAGAUCACAUCAACAAUACAGAAUCUGGAACAGUCAAAGUCUUCGUAAAAUCAUCUGAUGGCAGGCUGCAGAGGGGGUGUACAAAAAUCCCAGGAUUACCGAAUACAGGAGGAUUAAGAAAAAGGAGAUGCCCAUUCUAUAAGAAAAUACCUGGAACUGGCUUUACCGUUGAUGCCUUUCAGUAUGGACAGAUUGAAGGCUGCACUGCCUAUUUCCUCACACAUUUUCAUUCUGAUCACUAUGCUGGCUUGUCUAGAAACUUCACUUCUCCAGUGUAUUGUAGUGAGAUAACUGGCAAUUUGUUGAAGAACAAGCUUCACGUGCAAGAGCAAUAUAUCCAUCCAUUACCAGUGGACACUGAAUGUUUAGUGAAUGGUGUCAAAGUUGUUUUGCUUGACGCCAAUCACUGUCCAGGUGCUGUCAUGAUCCUUUUUUAUCUUCCUAAUGGAACUGUCAUAUUACACACUGGUGACUUCAGAGCAGACCCCACUAUGGAACGUUCCCUCCUUGCAAACCAGACAGUCCAUGUGCUUUACUUGGAUACAACGUAUUGCAGCCCAGAGUACUCCUUUCCGUCUCAACAAGAAGUUAUCCAAUUUGCCAUCAACAUUGCCUUUGAGACUGUAACUCUAAACCCACGUGCUCUUGUUGUCUGUGGCACUUACUCUAUAGGAAAAGAGAAAAUCUUCCUCGCCAUUGCUGAUGUUCUGGGUUCAAAAGUUGGCAUGUCCCAAGAAAAGUAUACAACAUUACAAUGUUUGAAUAUACCAGAAAUGAAUUCCCUCAUUACUACAGACAUGAAGAGUACGUGGGUUCAUCUGCUACCAAUGAUGCAAAUUAAUUUUAAGGGUUUACAGAGACAUUUGAAGAAGUGUGGUGGGAAGUACGAUCAGAUCUUGGCCUUUCGACCUACAGGAUGGACACAUUCUAACAAGUUAACCAGAAUAUCAGAUAUUAUUCCUGAGACGAAAGGAAACAUUUCCAUAUAUGGCAUCCCUUACAGUGAACAUAGCAGCUACCUAGAGAUGAAACGUUUCGUCCAGUGGCUGAAGCCCCAGAAGAUCAUUCCCACCGUAAAUGUCGGCACCUCGAGAAGUAGGAGGACCAUGGAGAUGUAUUUUAGAGAUUGGAAGUUGGAAGCUGGAUAUUGA